UCCAAUCCCAAGAAAAAGUAGAUAUGUGAGCCUCGCCUAUAUAAAGUGAAGAUUGCCCAUAGCUCUAUGUACCAUUCUCUCUACUCUUGAUUACAUAAAUCCAAUAAAAUAUUAUUUUGUUCUUUGCAAUAUUUAGUUAAUUAGGGAGAAUGGGUUUGCAUGGAAAAUUGGUUGCAGCAAUAGAAUUCAAAGCUGGUGGAGAUGUUUUCCAUGAACUCUUCAAGCACAAACCAGAGCAUCUUUCCACAGCCAGCCCUAUUAGGGUGCAAGGUUGUGAUCUCAUCGAGGGGAAAUUUGGUCAAGUUGGUGCCAUCAUUUGCUGGAGGUACACCCAUGAAGGAAAAGAGAAGAAAGCAAAGCAAAAAAUUCGAAUCAUAGAUGAAGCGAAGAAGUUGAUUGAUUACGAGAUGCUGGAGGGAUCGGACUUGCUGGAGCUGUACAAAACAUUCGACAUAAUCAUCCACGUGGAGACGAAGGGCGACAUCGACUUGGUGACGUGGACGUUGGACUACGAGAUGCGCAAUGAUGACGUGGAGCACCCGAUCUCGAUGCUCUCCUACUUCAUCGACAUCACCAAAGACAUCGAAACUCACCACUAUGGCAAGGAGUGAAUAUGAACCACUUCAAUUCCUACUACAAUAAAUAAUGGUGUCUUCUUCAUCUGUAAUAAUAGUUAAGCUCUUGUGUUAAGAAGGGUGGAGGAGAGAGAGAGAAAUCUUGGUGUUUGUUUUCUUUGUGAUUGUGUGUUUGUAAUGAGGUUAAGGGCCCUCUAUGCUCUUGUGUAAUUUGGUUAUUUCUAUGAUAUAAACUAUUUUCACAUAUC